GGCACAUUCGCACUUGAGCCCUCGUCCGAGCCAGAAAUGCAGUCCCACUCGCUCCUGAUCGCAGCCGUUGCCACGUUGCUGGUGGUCCAGACGGCAGCCAAGUUCCAGCUGAAGAAUCACGAGGACGCCGAGAAAGCCUUCGAGGAUUGCCGCGAAGACAACUACGUGCCGGAUGACAUUUACGAGAAGUACCUGAACUUCGAGUUCCCCGCCCACCGACGCACCAGCUGCUUCGUCAAGUGCUUCCUGGAGAAGCUCGAUCUCUUCUCGGAGAAGAAGGGCUACGAUGAGAAGGCAAUGAUCGCCCAGUUCACGUCCAAGAGCAGCAAGGACUUGUCCACCGUGCAACAUGGUCUGGAGAAGUGCAUCGAUCACAACGAGGCCGAGUCCGACGUCUGCACCUGGGCCAACCGCGUCUUCUCCUGCUGGCUCCCCAUCAACCGCCACGUGGUGCGCAAGGUCUUUGCCUAAAUGAUAUGUGAUAUAGUCCUUCUCUUACUACUGUACAGCUCUGAGAAUACUAAAGAAAUAAAGAUUUUUACUUUCCAGAUUUGAUAAAAUUA